CAUAAUUUUUUGUCCAUGUGUGUAGAAUAUGAAAUAUGAGAGCGAUUGUUUGCGCCGUUUAUAUUUGCUGUGCAUAAGUUGCUCGCAGCGCUGGUUAUUUACUUAUUUAUGUGAAAGGCAAUUUCGACAUGUUUAUCAUGCGGCUUUCCUACGUAGACGACAUUUAGAUAAAUUUGUGCUUGUGUGUACUGUUUAGCUUUCCUUUUGCAGAUCACAUGUCAAGAGAGAGGGGUGAAGUCCAGCGAGUGUUAGCCCAGGCGCUGACAUUCGUACAUCAAGCAGAAGAAGAACUUGGAGCAGACAUGGAAGGGCAGAACUCGGCUGCAGAUUCUGAAGCGGCCGCAUUUGUUCACGAAACUAGAGCCUUAUUUCAAAGACGUUCAACUGCAGAAACGAGUCACAGAAGAGGAGGCAGAAAAUAUAAAGGACGGGUUAGAGGCGAUAUUUGGAAAAGUAACUUGUUUCUGUUACAAAAACACAAUGAAGACUUUGUCCCUCCACCUUUAGAAAUGGCCAGGUUGACAAGAAAUGGUCUAGGUGUUCCUAAACAUGAACAGCCUGGUUCUACUGAAAGAUAUGGCUCAAAGUCAAUAAUUCAAAGGAAAUGGAAUUUUUCUUGUUUUGAGAAGUUUGUACAGGAUAGCUUUCCUGAAGCACCAUUGCAUUUGACCGGCUUCACCUUUGCAAAAGCAGAAAAAGGCAGACGUCUUAAAAAACUUGCUGCAACAAUAAUACAUGAUUUAGAAUUGGAAAUUGGAAAAGGGAAGAUUUUUGUAGUUCCUGGACGAGAUCUACCUCUACCAGUUCAGACUCCUGUCUUAGAUGUUGAAGUUAGAGAAGAGUCAGUUCAGAGAGUAGCAGAUGUUACAAACCAACCAGAGUUUCAGCUGUUAUCUCUGACUACUGAGGCAGCAACAGCAACACCACCACCUUCUCCUUUUGCAUAUGUAAAUACUGGGACUCCAACAAUCCAAAUACACCAGUCACAUUCUGAGGAAAAGGAGUUGGAUCUUAAACGAGGUUUUUCUGAAUUGGAAUUGCUUGUUGAAGAUGAAAUUUGCAUCAGCAUAAGAAGAGAAAAUAUCUUAGAGGAUGUUCAAGCAAUCUACAGUAAAACUGACAUUCUGAACAAACGUUUACGUGUAAAGUUUAUGGAUGAGGAGGGUGAUGACUUUGGAGGCUUAACAAUAGACCUUUUCUCUUCCUUUUGGAAUAAGGCUUUUAUUGAAUGGUUUAAAGGGGAAGAUGCCCUUGUUCCUUGUCUUCCUAUAAACCAAUUCUCUGAAGCUCCUGGCAAAUUCUCUGUUGUUGGCAAAGUACUGACACAUAUGUGUCAGCUCAUCCAUUGUAUACCACCUCGGUUCUGCAGGUCAGCUCUGCUUUCCAUUGUGUUUAAUACCUCCACUAUAGACAGCGGAAUACUGUUAGAUGAUUUUUUUGUUGCAUGUAACAACAGCAGAGCGUAGCCUACUGUGGAAAGCUUUCAAAGAUUUUACUGCAGUCAGUGCACCUGAAAAACAGGACCUGCUUAAUUUUUUUUCAGUUCAUGGCAUGUAUACUCUUCCUUCUACAUCCAAUUUUAAAAGUCAGCUGCUUUUAGUUGCACAAAAUGAACUUAUUAUUAAGCCAAUGUAUUUGAAUACAUUCAUUCAGCAAUCAAUACCAGAAGUACACAUGGCAAUAUUUUGGUCACAGCUAGACACAGACCUCAUUUCUUAUUUGUACUGGAAGGAGAUGCCAACUGUAGAUCAUGUUUUACACUGCCUUACUACAUGUGAACCUGACUUAAGACCUGAAGAAGAUGUAGUCUAUUAUUACCUACGUGACUUUAUCAAGUCACUGGACCUAGAUGACAUGUGUAAAUUUCUUCAGUUUGUAACUGGUUCCCCACUGUUACCAUAUGAUGGGAUUAAGGUAUCUUUCAAUAGACUAAGUGGCACACAGCAUAGACCUAUUGCACAUACAUGCAGCAAUAUAAUAGAAAUUCCUGUAACUUACACAUCUGUGCAGGAAUUUAGACGGGAAAUGAGGUCUGUUUUGUAUUCAGAUGAAGCAUUUACAAUGACAAUGUUGUAAUUUUUUUUUUUUCUUCUUAAAUAUAGUUACUGAGUUCCAGGUGCCUGUUUGUGCAAACUGCAGUGUUGAAAGAAACAUACAUAAUAUAUACUUAGAUUUCAGAAAGAUUAAAAGGUUUUGAAAAUCACAGACACAUUAUUGUAAUAAUCUCAAAUAAAAAUUUCCAGUUUUUCAUGUUUAUUUGUUACACACUUUGCUAAAAUUACAUAUUUCAGAAACAACAUUGUGUUGUUUAUCUACAAUUGUCAUUAUUACAAUGUUGUUUCAUAAAGUUGGAAGUCAAAUAUGUAUAGUUUUUGCUGUUUGUAUUACCCUCAAACAAACUGUAUCUGUUUCAAACUGGAAGUGAUAUGUAAUUUUUACAGGAAUAAUGUGAAGUGUUAUGUAUGAUACAAUUUAUAAUUGUUAAUAUUUUUUGUA